AUGACUAGCCCAGAACUCCGCUAUCAAGUUAUCAAUAUCUACAAAGAGCUCCUUUUCCUCGGCCGCAAUUAUCCUCUAGGCUACGACUACUUCCGGAACAGGCUACACAAGGCGUUCAGCAGUCAGGCACACCUGGAUAAUGAAGAGCAGAUUCGGAAAGGUAUAGCACGAGCGGAGUUCGUCAAGAAGGAAAUCGAGGCUCUCUACUACCUCAAGCGGUAUCGCACGUUGAAACAGCGCUAUGAGAACAAAUAG